CGCGCACCAUGAGACACGGCACCGGCCCCGGCACCGGGAGCGAGGCGGGCGGCGUCCCCGGCUCCUCGGCGGCGACCAAGAGUUUGCCGGCUCCCGAGCCCGGCCUCCUGCGCGCCUGGAGCAGCGGCGGCCGCUGCCGCAGCGGCACCGGCAGGCAGCGGAGAAGCGGCGGCAUCCAGCCCGGCGGCACCGGCACCCAGGUGGCCACCGCGGACAGCAGCAGCGGCGGCGGCGGCGGCGGUGGCGGCUGGGGCUUCCCCGCCGAGCUCCCGCAGCAUCGGCAGCCCAGGUAA